AUGCCGCCCCACAUCAUUAUCAACGAAACCAUGGUGCUGUCCCAGCGGCAAGACCAGCCAGAAAAGAGGUACAAGAUUCUCCCACCCUCGGAGUCAAUAGAGGUGCUGCGCUCAAGAGUAGACCCUCUUGAGGAGCCGCAAGCUAAUGGCAGCAAGAAAUACAAAAUUAGCAGGUCUAUGCCCACUGAAAAACUUCUUGAAGAGCUAGCGCCAAUGGACGCUCACGAUCAGAUUUCUGAUCAGCGCGUUCUCCGUCAGAGAACUAGUUCAGCGCCAGGGAAGCCCCAGAUUGCAGCCCAAGUGGGCAUUGCCACUGCCAUAUCUCCCAUAAAGGAGCGUCCUGCGUCAUCAAAUCCGGCUGUGCGCGCUGGUGGAGAGCUAGAGCCUACUGAAUACGUAAAUGAUCUCAAGUCGAUACAAGACCCCAUAGUCGAGGAGCCUGAGUCGAGUAUUCUGACCGAUCAGCAAGAGCAGGGUAAAGUACCAGCGAAAAGAUAUCACAUCUUAACGAUGAAAGAGAAGAUAGCCAUUGCGCUUAGAAAUGCAGAGCUACAGAACGAGUCGAUGCAGGCACGCAAUCCCCCAGCAGAAGACCGCUUCGGGGUGAGAGAUCAGCUCAGACAGGAAGACACCCCGAUCUUCAAAUCUGUCUUAGCCAGCGAGCCCUCUAAGAGGCAGGGCGCAGUAGGAAAUAAGAGGUACCGGAUUGUGCGCAAGUCUGACUAUCUCAGAAUCUUUAAGGAACAGUCUAUGAAGAGUCAUGCAGUUGAAGACUCCGUCCUCGAUGAGCUGGCACAACAUAACGACCUAGACACGAUAGGAGCAGCCAGCAAUCCACAGUAUCAGCAGUACUUAGAAUUUCAAAACCAAUUAGCAGAACGUCGUGCACGCAUAGCUGCCGCUCAGCCGACUCAAAACAAUCAUGCUAUGGAUCCUCUCGAGCUAAACGCUCUUGCCCCAGGCUCAGAAGGGCCUAAAAAGAGCAAGCACAUUUUGGAAGCGCUGAAGGCACAGACACGAAUCCUAAAUCAAUUAAAGAAGAUCAAGACGGAUUCCAUGGUUUCAGCACUUGCUGAUGCAAGCAUAGACACAGGCUAUCCAGCACCACCAACCUCUCAGAUGAAUCACAACGAUCUGAUGACCAACGAAGCUAUACACAACGAGAUUCUCAAACGCUUGCAGGCAGACUUAGUACAGACCAAGAGUAAUCCACGAUCAAAAGGGGCGCCACAAGCAACCAGCGUGACAGAGAACUCCCUGCGUGAGUCAGACAUAAUCGCAGGCCAGACAGAGACAGCGGGAAAGCGCUCUACUUCGCAAUCAAAUGUGCAUCGGCUCAAAGAUAAGCCUCUUGUCGACUAUACCCCACCUGGGUCUGUUAACGCCAGCCUAAUACAGCAUUCCCCUCGUCAAACGAUGAGUAUAUCUACAGAGAUAAAUUUGCCCGUCCUCAGCAGGUCCUUUGUUAACCGCUUGCUCACUGAAGCAACCAAACGUCGCGAAUUUGCCGAAGAAUCAAUCCAUGCCAUCCCAGAGUUAGGCAUGCUGUUCCGCAAAGCUGACACAACUGCAUCUAAAUUCAUAACCUCAUUGUCCCAGGAUAUCUUAUCCGAAUUUGUAACUGUCGUCGCAAACGAAAUUAUCAAUGCCUUUGAGGAGGUCGUGGUGGAAGAAGCAGGUGGUCUCGAAAACUUGUCUCGAGUGUUCUCGAGCCAUUACUUCUCGAGAAAAGAUAUCGUUAAUGAAAUAUGUAAUUCCGGAUUGUAA